AUUUACCUGUUGUGUCACGUUAUAUUAAUUUGUUAACGUUAAUAUUUCAAUAGCGAAUGUGUAGUUCUAGUAUAUCAUUAAUCUUAUGUGUGAUAGUCCUGUUAAUAUGGCAAUUAACAUAUAGCUGCUAGUUUAACCUGUAAUGCUCGUUUAAUGCUGUGCCAUUUGUCGUUGAAGAUAUGUCUUUAGCAAAUUUAAAACUGACGGCCUCGCAGCAGCUUGUCCUGCGGGCCUCUGAUGAGGCGGUGGCCUUCAUCGCCGCCAAGGGGCCACGCGGGACCGCCGCUGCUGCGAGGGCCAAGAAGCCAGAGGAGGUGGAGAAGGAGGCCCAAGCCCACGUCGUCUCCAAGGGUGGUGACCCUGGUAACCCCAUGCUGGUGCUGGGCUGCCACAGCAUCCAGUUUGGCAAGUACCAGGGUCAAACUUUCCGUUGGCUCCUGGAGAACGACGUGGGCUACACCACGCAGUUGGUUGCCAGCCACCAGCGGGAGCGGGAGAAAAGUGCCUCCGACAGCCCCCUUAUGGCCAACAAGGACGCACUCGCCCGGUACUCGUGCGCCCACCCUGCUUUUGCUGAGCAGCUGCGGUACCACCGGGCGCACGAGGAGGCCCGGGCUCGCGCCACUCAGCCCGGGUGUGAGGGCGAGGCGCUUGUUGGCUUUGGGGACUACAAGGAGGCCACCCUGAAGGACCUGUACGAAUCCAAGGAGAAGAAGCACCAGACCUUUGUCAAGUGGCUACGGCGGAAGACACCGCAGCCUGGGACCUCGAUGGACGCCGCCAGGAAGUACAUCCUGGGCCGAGACAAGGAGCGGUCGGCAGAGGUGGCUGCUACCCCCCCACCUCCCAGCAGCAGCAGCACCACCACCAGCAGUGGCCCCAGCAAGGCCGCUGCUUCCACCGCGCUGCCGCCACGCAAGCCGAUCGCUCCCAUGUUCUCGGCCCUACUGGGAAGGCGUCCAAUGGCCCCAGGUGAGCUGCAGGCCAAGGUCAGGAAGCUGAUGACCACACCAGCACGGCCUGCAGUUCCAGCGGUGUCUACAUCCGUCAGAGACCAGCGCCCCUCGGUUCCGCCGCCGCCCCCCCCCACAGAGGUGACGGACGAGGAACUGGUCCAGAUGGCCACUGACUUAGAAACGGCUGAUGCUUGAAGACCAAAGGUAGGUUUGGCAGGUAAUGUAGCCGUCUUUGUCGGUGGUAGAUGUGUAGAACGUAGUGGCAAUGUAGAUUUGCUUAAC